AUGUCGCGCGUCUUGUCUCUUGUCAGUGGAGCCUAUAUGCCUGCCGUCGUUUCCUGGAGAGGGGUCCUCUCAACUCACUUCCUGUGGUGCUAUUGGCUCGCCAGCUCACGUACCAAGAUGCGCCAACCGCCCUUACGGAGUACAUACUAUGGUGCCACCGAGCCACACUUUACCACAAUCCCUGGCUUCCCGAGGCGAUCCAGGGGUAGAGAAUGCCGCAGAUCCGUAGCACUGGCCAUCUAA